AUGCUGCAACUGGGUUUCUACUCCAAUCUACCACCCAUGUACUUCGUAGGCUUAACACCUAAAGAUGGCGGUCACAUCUUCAGCAUUGUGAACCCUGUAGACAGCGUGCUCGAUUGCGGGGAGCGUGACAGGCGCCUCGGAGAGGAUGGAGCGGAAGCCCUCUAUGUCCUUGCACAACCAACCAGUUUCGUGACUCUGCUCCUGCAGACAGCAGGAUAA